UUUCGCGGGCGUUAAAGCAACUGCUGCGAGGUACCAGCUUCUACGUCGUUGCGAUAAGCUCGAAGGAAUUGUUAAAAUUCCAACCGAUUACGCCUUCGUGUUUCGACGUAAAGCGCAGUGCCGUCAUCGAAUAGAGUUGUAAAAGCGUCCAAUCCCUAGCAGACACGAGUUGUAACACCAGCCGUCACCCCAGAGCUUUUAAUGUUUUUCUUGUGUUUAGUUCAUAUCUGGCCAUCUAGCGUAGCGGAGUGAAAGCUGCCAGCAGACGUAAAAAUCAUGUAAUUUUGGAGGUCCGCAAGCGUCACACAAACUGAACGGCAAAAUGCGGGCAUUCCUAUUAACUCUGGGUAGUGUAGUACUAACUACUGCAGUUAUCGGUAAUGCUUAUUACCAGAAGAAACAGUUCUAUCCCUCUGUGGUCUAUUUAACCAAGUCAAAUCCCAGCAUGGCGAUCAUUUACCUCCAAGCAUUUGUGUUCGUGAUUCUCAUGGGAAAGUUAAUGCGAAAAGUUUUCUUUGGACAGCUGCGAGCAGCUGAAAUGGAGCACCUUAUUGAGAGGUCAUGGUAUGCCGUCACGGAGACAUGCUUGGCAUUCACCGUCUUCAGAGAUGACUUCAGCCCCAAAUUCGUGGCACUAUUUACACUCCUGCUCUUCCUUAAGUGUUUCCACUGGCUGGCUGAGGACAGAGUCGAUUACAUGGAGCGAAGUCCUGUCAUAUCCUAUCUCUUCCAUGUAAGGGUCAUCGCGUUGCUCUUGCUUCUGGGUUUCCUGGACUAUGCAUUUGUUGCCCAUGCGUACCAUACCACUCUCACCAAAGGGGCAUCUGUGCAGGUCGUCUUUGGCUUUGAGUAUGCCAUCCUCCUGAGCAUAGUGGCCAACAUCUACGUCAAGUACUUCUUGCACACAAUGGACCUGCAUAGUGAAAACCCUUGGGAAAAUAAAGCUGUUUACCUACUGUACACGGAGCUCAUCAUCAGUUUCAUCAAGGUGGCGCUGUACUUGACCUUCAUGGCAAUCAUGAUUAAGAUCCACACAUUCCCACUCUUUGCGAUCCGUCCCAUGUACCUGAGCAUGAGGGCUUUCAAGAAGGCCUUCAACGAUGUCAUUAUGUCACGACGAGCGAUCCGGAACAUGAACACUCUCUACCCAGACGCGACACCUGAGGAGUUAGCCUCAGCCGACAACGUGUGCAUCAUCUGCCGUGAGGAGAUGGUGGGCGGCGGCAACAAGCGCCUGCCCUGCAGCCACAUCUUCCACACAGCGUGCCUGCGCUCCUGGUUCCAGCGCCAGCAGACGUGCCCCACGUGCCGCAUGGACGUACUCAGGCAGCCUGCCACCACGGCUGCGGCGGCUGCCGCCAACAACGGGGUGGCCCCGCCCCCAGCUGCCGGCCAGGCUGCGCCCCAGGUCCCGCCAAACAUGCCCGGUCAGGCCUUUCCACAGUGGCCUCCUGGAAUGGCGGGCUUCCCACUGUUUCCACCAUUUCAGCAGCUGCAGCAGCACUUCAUACAGCACCAGCAGCAGCACCAGCAGCAGCACCAACAGCAGCAACAGCAGCAGCAGCAGCAGCAACAACAACAGCAACAACAAAGGGGCACGCAACCUGCCGCAGGUGCGCCCAGUCCAUCUGCCAGCACUUCUGACCAGCAGCAGCAUCAGCAGCCCAGUGCAGCCGAGGCUGGCGGCGCAGCAGGGGUGGCAGCUGGAACAGCUUUCUUCCUGCCUCCCUUUUUCCCAUUGUUGCUGCCACCGCCACCUCCGGUUCCCCCCGAAGGUCUGGAGGCCCUGUCCGCCGAGGAACUGAGCUCCAUGGAGGGGCAGGAGCGUGAGCAGAUAGCGGCACGCAUCCGCUGCCUGCGCAACAUCCAGACGCUGCUCGAUGCAGCCGUGCUGCAGCUGCAGCAGUACAGCUCUGUUGUGGCCAGGGAAACAACGGCCGGACAGCAGUCAACACAGCAGCAGCGGCCAUCGUCGAGCGCAGCUGCUGGCGUGUCUUCUGCAGAGAGUGCAGCUGCCACGGCACCAAGCCCUUUAGAUCUGUCUGCAUCAGGCUCCAAGGAGAGUGCGGCAUCUGCAUCAGCAGCGGGGCUGAGGCAAUCUGACGAUGACCCCAACGCUGAGGUGCGCCGGCGACGGCUCCAGCGGUUCUCCCAGGGCGCCAUGCCUAAUGGUGUUUCUAGUCCAGACACGGCGACCGAGUCGAAUGGCACCAACGACGACAGCAGGCAUCCUCACUAGAGGCUUGCCGCCACCAUUAAACACUUAGGACAGCAAGAGAAGCGACACACAGCAGCAGCAGCCGCCACCUCUUCUUUCUCACCGACCCAAGUUGUGGUCAUUUUUUUUCUUAGCCUCUUUCCUCUCCCAAAUGUCUCAACCCUGUCCAUACCAGGACAAACGGAAAGACACCUCCACGCCAAUAUGACACAAAUUUCGUUGUGGUAUCGUCUUCACUGCUUUCGGUGCUCUCCUCGCCUCAGCACCGACCAGGAGUCCCUGCCCCAAAUUGGAAGACAAUGUCCCGCUUUUCUUUGGUGAUGCCGUUAGCAGAGGGGAGAGUGUUCACAGAUGUGCCUCGCCUGUAUAUGUUUGCAGUUUUUUGGGGCGAUUGUGAAAUGAAGGAUUGUCCCAGCCCUUGUUUUGUUACUCGUUUGCUCUUAAUCUCUCGUCUUUCUCCUCAAGUGACUCUUGCACCAGCGGUGGUUAUUGAUUUGCUUGGACUGUCACGGGCACCUUCCUUCACCUUGACUCUUCCCUCCCUCUACCCUACUGCAGUGGUGCCAAGCUAGAGUGCUGGCAGCGGUGGUGUUCUUAUUUAUUGUACAGAUUGUGUAUAAAGUGCUUGACCAAGUAAAAAGGAAUUCAGCCCAGGA